AUGAAUAAUAAAAAGAAACGAAGUGGAGCAAUAAAUCGAAGUAUCAAGAAAAAAAAAGCAAAUGAAGACGUACAAUUGUCAAAACAAAUGAAAGACUGGUUUUCUAAAGGUUCUGUUUCAGAUGAAAAAUCGUGCUCCGGUUUUCUUCAUUUAUUACAAAUGAUUCACGAUUAUAAGCUUAAAGAAUCGUAUCCAAAUAUUGAAAUUGCUAUAAGGAUUUUUCUCUCAAAGCUCAUUACAACAGCUUCAUGUGAAAGGAGUUUCAGUAAACUUAAAUUGAUAAAAACAUACUUAAGAUCAACAAUGGCUCAAGAGAGAUUAUCAAGCAUGGCCAUACUUUCAAUAGAAACAGAAAUCGCUAGUAAAUUGGAUUACGAAGAAGUUAUUGACAAAUUUGCCGACACAAAAGCAAGGAAAAUAUCGUUAUAAAUA